AUGGGCCAGCCCAUUAUAAAUCUCCAAAAUGAAGUUAUCUAUUUCCCACUUCCUCACUCUCUGUCAAUUUCCCACUUCCUCAUAAUUAUCACUCUCUGUCAAUUUCCUCUUUCCUCUCUGUCCAAUUUCUUUUCUCCUCUCUGUCAAAAUUUCCCUUUUCUCACUCUCUGUCAUUUUUCAAUUUCUGGUUUUAAAGGAAAAAAUUUCGCUCUUUCUCCUCUCUGUCAAAUUUUCAAAACUUCCUCAGUCUAUCUAUUUCGCUUCUCACUCUCUGUCAAUUUCCCACUUCCUCACUCUCUGUCAAUUUCCCUCUUUCUCACUCUCUGUCAAUUUCCCUCUUCCUCACUCUCUGUCAAUUUCCUCUUUCUCACUCUCUGUCAAUUUCCCUCUUUCUCACUCUCUGUCAAUUUCCCUUCCUCAAUUUCCACUUCCUCUCACUCUGUCAAUUCCUCUUUCUCACUCUCUGUCAAUUUCUCUGUCAAUUUCGCUCUUUCUCACUCUCUGUCAAUUUCCCACUUCCUCCCAUUUCUCACCUCUUUCUCCUCAUUCUCUGUCAAUCUGUCAAUUUCCCUCUUUCUCACUCUCUCACUUCUCUUUCCCUUCCUCCUCUCUGUCAAUCAAUUCCCCCUCUCACUCAUUUUCUCUUUCUCACUCUCUGUCAGUUCCCUCUUUCUCUGUCAAUUUCCCUUCUCACUUCUGUCAAUUUCCUCUCUGUCAAUUUCCUCAUUCUCUGUCUUUCCCUCUCUCUCUGUCAAUUUCCUCUUUCUCCUCUCUGUCAAUUUCCCUUCCUCAAUUUCCUCUUUCUCUGUCAAUUUCGCUCUUUCUCACUCUCUGUCAAUUUCCCUCUUUCUCACUCUCUGUCAAUUUCCCACUUCCUCACUCUCUGUCAAUUUCCCUUUCUCACUCUCUGUCAAUUUCGCUCUUUCUCACUCUCUGUCUUUCCUCACUCUCUGUCAAUUUCCCUCUUUCUCUCACUCUCUGUCAAUUUCUCUGUCAAUUCUGUCAAUUUCCUUCCCCCCUCUCUCAAUUUCCUCUUCUCAUCAAUUUCCCUUUCCUCACUCUGUCAAUUUCCCACUUCCUCACUCUCUGUCAAUUUCCUCUUUCUCACUCUCUGUCAAUUUCCCACUUCCUCACUCUCUGUCAAUUUCCCACUUCCUCACUCUCUGUCAAUUUCCCACUUCCUCACUCUCUGUCAAUUUCGCUCUUUCUCACUCUCUGUCAAUUUCCCACUUCCUCACUCUCAAUUUCUCUCUCUCUGUCAAUUUCCCACUCUUUCUCUCUCCAAUUUCUCCUCACUCUCUGUCAAUUUCCUCACUUCUGUCAAUUUCCCUUCCUCACUCUCUGUCAAUUUCCCUCUUUCUCACUCUCUGUCAAUUUCCCUUCCUCACUCUCUGUCAAUUCCCCCUUCCUCUCUCUGUCAAUUUCUUCCUCACUCUGUCAAUUUCCCUUCCUCACUCUCUCCUCUCUGUCCAAUUUCGCUUUUCUUCAAUUUCCCUCUUUCUCUCUGUCAAUUUCCUCCUCUCUGUCAAUUUCCCACUUCCUCACUUCUGUCAAUUUCCCUUUCUCCUCUGUCAAUUUCCCUCUUUCUCACUCUCUGUCAAUUUCCCUUCCUCCUCUCUGUCAAUUUCCCUUCCUCACUCUGUCAAUUUCUGUCUGUCAAUUUCCCUUCUCUGUCAAUUUCCCUUUCCUCCUCUCUGUCAAUUUCCUCUUUCUCACUCUCUGUCAAUUUCCCCUUUCCUCACAAUUUCCCUUUCUCACUCUCUGUCAAAUUCCCAUUUCCCUUCAAUUUCUCACUCUCUGUCAAUUUCACUUCCUCUCUGUCAAUUUCCCUUUUCUCACUCUGUCAAUUUCCCUUCCUCAAUUUCCCACUUCCUCUCUCUGUCAUUUUCCCCUUUUCCUACUCUCUGUCAAUUUCCUCACUUCUGUCUUUCCCACUUCCUCAAUUUCCUUCUUCUCUGUCAAUUUCCACUUCCUCCUCUCUGUCAAUUUCCCUCUUUCUCAAUCUCUGUCAAUUUCCCCUUCCUCUCUCUGUCAAUUUCCCUUCCUCUGUCAAUUUCCCUCUUCCUCACUCUGUCAAUUUCCCUCUUUCUCCUCUCUGUCAAUUUCCCACUUCCUCACUUCUGUCAAUUUCCUUCUUUCUCCUCUCUGUCAAUUUCCCUUUCCUUCAAUUUUUCUCCACUUUCCCACUUCCUCUCUCUGUCAAUUUCCCUUCCUCCUCUCUGUCAAUUUCCCCCAUUCCUCACUCUCUGUCAAUUUCCCACUUCCUCCUCUCUCUGUCAAUUUCGCUCUUUCCUCAUUCUCAAUUCAAAUUUCCCCACUUCCUCCUCUCUAUCAAUUUCUCUUUCUCCUCUCUGUCAAUUUCCCAUUCCUCAAUUUCCCACUUCCUCACUCUCUGUCAAUUUCCCACUUCCUCUGUCAAUUUCCCUCUUUCUCACUCUCUUUUCCCACUUCCUCUGUCAAUUUCCCUUCCUCUCUCUGUCAAUUUCGCUCUCCUCAUCUCUGUCAAUUUCCCCACUUCCUCUGUCAAUUUCCCUUCCUCUCUCUGUCAAUUUCCCACUUCCUCCUCUUUCUCUCUCUGUCAAUUUCCCUCUUUCUCACUUUCUGUCAAUUUCGCUCUUUCUCACUCUCUGUCAAUUUCCCACUUCCCUCUCUCUCUUUCAAUUUCUCAAUCCUGUCAAUUUCCUCCUUUCUCUCUGUCAAUUUCCCUUUCUCCUCUUUCUCCCUUCCUCCUCUCUGUCAAUUUCCCACUUCCUCUCUGUCAAUUCCCUUCCUCUCUCUGUCAAUUUCCACUCACCUCUGUCAAUUUUCUCUCUCACUCUCUGUCAAUUUCCCAUUCCUCCUCUCUGUCAAUUUCCCUCUUCCUCACUCUCUGUCAAUUUCCCUCACUCUUCAAUCACUUCCUCCUCUCUGUCAAUUUCCUCUUUCUCCUCUCUGUCAAUUUUCCUCCCAAUUUCCACUUCCUCUCAAUUUCCCUCUUUCUCACUCUGUCAAUUUCCCAUUUUCUCCUCUCUGUCAAUUUCCCUUCCUUUCUGUCAAUUUCCCUCUCUCACUCUCUGUCCCACUUUCCCUCUGUCAAUUUCCCACUUCCUCUCAAUUUCCCUCUUUCUCUGUCAAUUUCCCUUUCUCCUCAAUUUCUUCUCUGUCAAUUUCCCUUCCUCACUUUCUCUCCUCUCUGUCAAUUCCCACUUCCUCCUCUCUGUCAAUUUCCUCUUUCUCACUCUCUGUCAAUUUCCUCCUCACUCUCUGUCCAAUUUCGCUCUUUCUCCUCUCUGUCAAUUUCCAAUUUCCCACUUCCUCCUCUCUCAAUUUCCCUUCCUGACUCUCUGUCUUUCGCUCUUUCUCACUCUCUGUCAAUUUCCCACUUCUUCUCUAUCCAAUUUCCUCUUUCUCACUCUCUGUCAAUUUCCCACUUCCUCCUCUCUGUCAAUUUCCCAUUCCUCCUCUCUGUCAAUUUCCCUCUUUCUCCUCUCUGUCAAUUUCCCUUUUUCUCCUCUCUGUCCAAUUUCCCUCUUCCUCCUCUCUGUCAAUUUCCUCUUCCUCACUCUGUCAAUUUCCCUCUUUCUCACUCUCUGUCAAUUUCCCUUUUCUCCUCUCUCACCUCUGUCAAUUUCCCACUUCCUCCUCUCUGUCAAUUUCCCUUCCUCCUCUCUGUCAAUUUUCCUCUUCUCUGUCAAUUCCCCCACUUCCUCACUUCCUCCUCUCCUCCAAUUUCCCUCUUUCUCACUCUCUGUCAAUUUCCCUUCCUCCUCUGUCAAUUUCCUUCUUUUUCUCUCUGUCAAUUUCCAAUUUCUUUUCUCAAUCUCUCUGUCAAUUUCCACUCCUGUCAAUUUCUUCCUCUCUCUGUCAAUUUCCCUCCUUUCUCUGUCAAUUUCCCUCUGUCAAUUUCCCACUUCCUCACUCUCUGUCAAUUUCCUCUUUCUCCUCUCUCCCCCACUUCCUCCUCUUUCUCCUCUCUUUCAAUUUCCCAUUUCUCUUCUCUGUCAAUUUCCCUUCCUUCUCUCACGCUCUCUGUCAAUUUCCCUUCCUCUCUCUCAAUUUCCCUUCCCUCCUCUCUGUCAAUUUCCUUUUCUCAAUCUCUGUCAAUUUCCAUUUCCUCACUCUGUCAAUUUCCCUUCCUCCUCUCUCUGUCUUUCCCACUUUUCGCUCUUUCUCACUCUCUGUCAAUUUCUCUCUUCCUCACCUCUCUGUCCAAUUUCGCUUUUCUCACUCUCUGUCAAUUUCUCUCUUUCUCAAUCUCUGUCAAUUUCCCUUUUCACAAUUUCCCUUCCUCCUCUCUGUCAAUUUCGCUCUUUCUCACCUCUGUCAAUUUCCCACUUCCUCCUCUCUGUCAAUUUCCCUUCCUCACACACUCUCUGUCAAUUUCCCAUUUCCUCCUCUCUGUCACCCUUCCUCCUCUCUGUCACACACACUCUCUGUCACACACACCCACUUCCUCACUCUCACCCUCUUUCUCACUCUCUGUCACACCUUCUCCUCACAGAUCUCUUUCUUUCUGUCAAUUUCUUUCUCCUCUCUGUCUUUCCCACUUCCUCUCUCUGUCAAUUUCUCUCACUCUCUGUUUUCCCCUUUCCUCUCUUUCCCAUUUCUUUCUUUCCCAUUUCCUUUCCUCUGUCAAUUUCCCUUCCUCCUCUCUCUCCUCUGUCACCCACUUUCCUUUCAGGUCAAUUUCCCUUCCUCCUCUUUUCUCUCUGUCAAUUUUCCUCCUCUCUGUCAAUUUCUCUUCCUCCACUCUCUGUCAAUUUUUCCCCUCUUUCUCCUCUCUGUCAAUUUUUCCACUUCCUCCUCUCUGUCUUUCCCUCUUUCUCUCUCUCUUUCUCUAAUUUCCCUCUUUCUCUCUCUGUCAAUUUCCACUUCCUCCUCUCUUUUUCUCAUUCUCUGUCAAUUUCCCACUUCCUCUCUGUCUGUCUUUUUUUCACUCUGUCAAUUUCCCCAUUUCCUUUCUCAAUUUCCCACUCUCACUCUGUCAAUUUCCCUUCCUCCUCUCAUUUUCUCACUCUCUGUCAAUUUCCCUUUCCUCUCUGUCAAUUUCGCUUUUUCUCUUCUUUCCUCUUUCUCCUUCUGUCAAUUUCCCUCUUUUCUGUCAAUUUCCCUCUCACUGUCACCUCUCUUUUCCUCCUCUCUGUCAAUUUCCCUCUUUCUCUCUGUCAAUUUCCCUUCCUUUCUUUUUCUCUCUGUCAAUUUCCCACUUCCUCCUUUUCUCUCUUUCUCACUCUCUCUCAAUUUUUCCUCCUUCUGUCAUUUUCCUUCCUCACUCUGUCAAUUUCCACUUCCCUCCUCUGUCAGUUUCCUCCCCUCAAUUUCCCAUUUCUCCUUAUCAAUUUCAAUCUCUUUCUUUCCCUCACUCUCUGUCAAUUUCUUUUGUCUCUCUCAUCUCACUCAAUUUCCCAUUUCCUCACUCUCUGUCAAUUUCCCUCUUUUCACUCAUUUUCCCUUUCUCAAUCUCUGUCAAUUUUUUUCCUUUCUGUCAUUUUCCCUUCCUCACUCUCUGAUUCCUCUUUUUCUCUGUCAAUUUCCCACUUCCUCACUAUUCUGUUUUUCAUGGAAUUUCCCACUCUCCUCCUCUCUGUUUUCCCAGUGUUUUCUCAAUUUUCCACUUCCUCCUCUCUGUCAAUUUCCCACUUCCUCCUCUCUGUCAAUUUUUCUCCUCUCUGUCAAUUUCCCUUUCUCCUCUCUGGAUCCCACUUGCUCCUCUCUCUCAAUUUCCCUCUUUCUCCUCCCCCACAAUGUUUUUUCUCCACACGCUCUAUUUAUUUCAGUUUCUCUCUUUUUCUCUCUCUUUCUUCAAUCUCUCAAAUUUUCCAAGGUCGAUAUAUUUCUGACUUUCUCAAUCUAUUUUCUCAAGAUUCUCUCACUUUCAGGUUUCUUUUCAACAGAUGCUGA